CUGUUUAGCGUACCCCUACACAAAUACUAACAGUAGUGUCUUCACGUGACGGGUGGUCGGGCGCGUUUACUUACUCCAUUCCUGAUUCGUGUUUUUUGUCUCUUCAACUGUGUCCAACAUGGCCACUGCACGGCACAACUACGAGCUGAAGAUCAAGGCCAAGAAUCAGCUGGCGAAGACAGAAGAUCCGGUGGAGAAACUCAGACUACAGUGUCUGUCUCGGGGUUCCAGUGGGAUCAAGGGACUUGGCAGGGUCUUCAAAAUCAUGGACGACGACGGAAACAGAAGCCUUGAUUUUAAGGAGUUCAGCAAGGGUCUGCGUGAUUAUGGGUUGUUUGUGGAACCGAAUGAGACGAGAGAACUUUUCGAAAAAUUCGACAGAGAUUCAAGCGGCAGUAUCGACUUCGACGAGUUCCUACUAGCAUUGCGGCCACCAAUGAGCAGAAGACGGAAAGACCUGAUCGCCUUGGCUUUCCGGAAACUUGACAAGACAGGGGACGGAGUGGUCACAGUGGAGGACCUGAAGGGUGUGUAUAACGCCAGCAUGCACCCCAAGUUCAAGAGCGGGGAGUGGACGGAGGAAAGGGUCUUCCAGGAAUUCCUCAAGACGUUUGACGACCAGGACAAUCCUGACAAUAAGAUUACACACGAAGAGUUCGUGAACUACUACGCAGGCGUCAGUGCUUCAAUAGACCAAGAUUCUUAUUUCGAUUUGAUGAUGCGGAACGCUUGGAAACUUUGAGGGCUCCACACGUACAGAUGGAGCUGACCUUGAACCACGCCCAACAACAGACAAUGUAUCAUAACAUGGCCUUGGUUAUACUCCAAAUCUCCAAGCAGAUGUUAGAGUUAAAGUCGUAGUGUUUUUUAAAGAAGAAGGGUGCUGCUUUAGCUACAAGGAAGUAUCAUAGGCGUAGUUAAUAGUACGUGGAAUGAAUCAUGAAUGUGAGUAUCGCUCAAUACAUCUGUAUACGUAGCUUGACACUUUUAAUGACAGAAACGAUCCGUAAAAACGAUGUACAGAAGUGCUAUUUUCGUGCUUGUAGACUGUAACAAUGACUUGAACACUGUGAGCUAUAUGCAGACGUUUACUGACGUGUCUUUAAAGUCCUACAAACAAGCUGGUCCCUCUUUCAAUAUUGUUUAGCUGACAUACGCAUAUCUUGAUGUCAUGACUUUGAUAUAAACGUGUGUGAUGACGGUAUACUCAGCUUUCCGAAUGAAUACGUCAUAUUGAA